AUGUCGAGUCCACCUGUUGGCUCCGAGGCUUGGAAGGCCCAAGACAAAGGGCCGAGCAUUCUCAUCGUCUGCUGGAUGGCCACCGCGAUCAGCACGGUAUUCGUUCUCAGUCGCAUCUAUGUCAGGGGAAGGAUUAUGGGGAAAUUUCAGAGUGAUGACUACUUUGUCCUCCUUGGCCAGGUGUGCGGAUGCAUCGCAACGGCCCUUUCGACCCUCGCAGUGAAAGCCGGCAACGGCAAACACAUGACUCUCCUAUCGACCGAGCAGCAACAGGGUGCAAUCCUCUGGACGACCGCCGCCUUCUGCCCCGGUAUAAUGUCGUUCGGUCUCCCUAAACUGGCCGUCGUGUCUCUCCUCACACGACUGAUGAACCCCGGAAGGCUUCACAAGUGGUUUCUGUGGUGGCUGGGUAUUUGGUGUCAGUUGACUCUGUGGGUGACAGCCGGACUUCUGCUCGGGCGGUGUACGCCGGCGAGGUCACUUUGGGAUUUCUCCAUCAAAGGCACCUGCAUCAGCACGGAUAUCUUGAUUUGGUUUUCUGUUUAUGCUGCUGUUGCCCAGAGAUUCCCCUCUGGCCGCAGCCCAGGAACUGACGGCGUGUAUGCAGCAUUUUCGGCUUUUGUAGAUGUUUAUCUUGCCGUGUGUCCGACAGUGGUCCUGUUUCAUCUCCAGAUGCCGUUGAAAAAGAAGAUUGCGCUAUCUUGUGCUCUAGGUAUCGGUGGAGUCUCUUGCGUUGUGGCAAUAUACAAAGCGACUCGUAUUCCAUCACUCGGGAGCGAGGACUUUUCUUACGACACCUCGGAUUUGGUGAUAUGGACUAUAGUUGAAGGAAGCACAAUCAUCAUCGCCAGCUCGAUUCCUGUCAUGCAACCGCUCCUAGAGCCGAUCUUGAAGCACAGCCCUUUCAGCUCCACCAAGGGGUCGAAGGAGCCACCGUCCUACGGAUAUCGUAGCUCAAAUAGCAAUUCUCGAGGCGGCGACAUUGAACUAGGCCAACGGAAACCAAAGAAGAAACCGAGAGACGAGCUCGGUCUCACCAUCAUCGAGGGCGACAGCCAGGAGAACAUCCUGACACCAAGCAAGCAGACGUGGACGUUGGCCCCGAGGUUAAUGCACGGCGGCUUGAGCCACGCCGAGCCAGCGCAACCCGCAGACUGCAGGAUUGUCCGAACCGACGAGGUGACGGUAUCGUACGAGAUUCAAAGGCAAGGGCAAGAAAACACGGCAUCACGGAGAUGGAUGCCCGUAUGA